AUGUCAAACCUACCGAAUGAAAGAAUUAGGCCUACGCUUUCAUUUGAAGUGACCGGAGUUGAUUAUGCCGGCCCAUUCUAUAUUUUGAACAAACCAGGUAAAGGAGCUAAACUUAAUAAAUGUUAUUUGGCUAUUUUCGUUUGUUUUUGCACUAAGGCAAUACAUUGCGAAAUAGUAACUGAUUUAACUUCCAACAAUUUCUUAGCAUGCUUAAAACGCUUUGUAUCUAGACGAGGUGUUCCCAAAAUAAUAUAUUCCGAUAACGGAACUACAUUUCACGGCACUAACAACUUAUUGAAAGAUCUUAGUAAAUUUUUAUUUAACAAACAGGCCUCUAUUGUCAAUUCUACCAGUCAAUAUAAUAUACAAUGGAAGUUUAUUCCUCCGUACACGCCAAAUCAUGGCGGAUUGUGGGAAGCAGCCGUUAAAAGUUGCAAAUUUCAUUUGAAAGCUCUUAUUAAUAAUACUUACGAAGAAAUGUGCAUCUUAGUGAUACAAAUCGAAAGUAUAUUAAACUCUCGACCAUUGUUUGCGCAAUCAAAUGACCCUAAUGACUUGUCACCCAUUACACCAUCCCAUUUUUUAAUAGGUCGCGUUCUGACCUCCAUUCCCAACAUUGACUAUACUAAUACCAACAAGUAUCGUUUGACUCGAUUAGAACACAUCCAGAAACUCUACCAACAAUUUUGGCGAAGAUUUUCAAGACAAUAUAUUUCUCAGCUACAUCAGCAGUAUAAGUGGAAAGACGCCCCAUCAACUAUUUCUGUGGGCACUUUAGUCUUGAUAAAAAACACCCUAUAUCCACCAUGCCAAUGGCCAAUGGGAAUAAUUAGGAAAUUAUUUCCCGGAAGAGACGGCAUUACAAGAGUUGCUGAAGUCCAAACCCAUAAGGGACUAAUUAUUCGUUCCAUCAGACAUUUGUGUCCAUUACCAAGACAAGAAGACAUAGAAAAUUAA